AUGGUCGGCGGUCCCAACGGUUACAUAUUCCAGGAUGGCUGGGACUUGGGCGAUGGUUCGGUUCUUCUGAUGGACAAGACUCAGCUGAACGCCAUCUUGAACUUCAUGUCUCAAUUCCACAGAUACAAAUCUGACGUCCGUAUCGCAAAGGACGCCAUCGUCGAGGACGGCGAUCUGCCCGGAGAAGCCAUUGUUGGUGGUGCCGCUAAGGCGAACUUGUUUCAUCUACUGGAACAUUUCCUGCGUGAACACUCGACAAAUUUCAAAGGCGAAGACCAGAAUCGUUGGAUCUUUGGGCGGAUCCUCUGGGGACACAGCGCGGAGAAAGACACAUGUGCGCAAUACGACACUUACUUGUCUUGGAAGAUCAAGUACAACACCGACGCCUUAUUUAGCGAGUACAAGAGCUUCCUUGAUGGAGGGCGCAAGCUCCGCGAGAUCGCAGAGAAGGACAAGGGCCCAGAGUGA